GGCAAUAUAAUUUGUGAAAGUAGAACAUGGCCAAGCUAAAUUGCUGAGCAGGAUGCAAGGCGUUGGGACUGCAGCAAGAAAACCAAGAACAGGAUUUGCAAAUAGCUGAGGGCUUACGCACAGUUCAGGAAAACAAAACUAACUAGCUAGCCUUGCUCGCUGCAAAGGAUACAGGGAGAGCUGCUGGAUUCUCAUACAAUCUAGGAAUCGCUACUAAGAAGUGGUUCAUGGCUGUCAUAUACAAGGCUGCUAGCCUACUGCUGCUACUCAUUAGCCCAUCUUUGGUAUAUUGUACUGAGCAGGGUCUAUCAAAACAAACUGAAUUAAAUGAGGAUGCAGAGGAGAAGGAUAGUAUAUGGUUUUCUAGCGCUCCUGAAGUGCAAGACUUGGCACACCUCUCUUGGGAGUACGUACAUGAACUUCAAUGUUGGCUGUGGCCAGAAAAGUGCGAGGAGAUAAAGCGGGACCAUGCAGACUGGAGCUGGAACAGCUUUGGAUGGGAUUCCCUGAAUGUCCUGACUGACCUGUACACUAGAGUGACUAGUCUCACCGAUCUUACACAAGGGACUGUUCUCAACAACCUCACAGGCCUGCAAUGGGAUCUGGAACAGCGGGUACAUGGCCAGCACCUGGCAGUGAAGCAGAUCUUAUCUUCUGUAAAGAAGUUCCUGCAGGAUGAUGACUCCAAAAAGUCUCAGGUGCUCUCCUUCCAUGGAUGGACAGGUACCGGAAAGAACCUCGCUGUCCGUAUCAUCGCAGAGAAUCUUUACCAGAACGGGCUGCGGAACCGGUGCACCAAAGUGUUCAUUCCGCAGCUGCACUUCCCUCACCAGUCACAUGUGGAGGCGUACAAGGUUCAGCUGGGGAAGCAGAUCAGAGAGAUUUCCUCUCGCUGUCCACAGCCCUUGUUUGUGUUUGAUGAAGCAGACAAACUGCCAGCAGCUCUCCUGGAGCCUCUGUUACCCCUUUUUGUAGAAGACCCCCAGGCCCGCAGCAUCCUCAUAUUUCUCAGUGGUAUUGGCAGCACUAACAUCAAUGAGGUUACCCUAAAAUUUUGGCAUGCUGGGCGACAUCGCAAGGUGAUUACAUUGGAUGAUUUGGAUCGACCAUUGAAGGCUGCAGUGGAACGACAUGAAGAUCAGCUCCUUCCAUGGCACCUGCUAAAAGAAGGACUCAUUGAUGACUUUGUACCGUUUUUGCCUUUGGAACGCUCUCAUGUCAAGAUGUGUGCCCGAGAUGUUUUCGCCGCUCGAGGGUUACCAUACACGGAGAGCUCUUUAGAGAAAAUCCUAGAGGAGCUUGUGUUUGUGCCAAAGAAUGAGAGGAUUUUUUCUGCCCAUGGAUGUAAACAUGUGGCCCAAAGAAUCCACUUUAUGAAGCCUUAAUAUAAUGGCCACAGACAAUCUCCCAG